UGGCUAUUACAGGAUAUUCCGGUAUAUAUAUAUGGCGUCCUUGUGAGAAAUGAAGUAGAUUGCUUCCCAUCUCUGAGGAGAAACGUCUUCACUUUUACUCCGCGCUGAUAAAAAGAAAAGCCACAAUGAAGCUGUUUGUGUUCUUGAUGUGCCUCGUGGUCACAGUCUUGGCUGCACCUGUUCCAGAGAGUGAAAGCAAUGAGCAGGUUGCAGCGCAUGCUAAUGAGGCCCUCAGGUGGAUGGAGAUGUACAGGCUGUACCAGCAGCAGGGACUAGUGGGAAACCCCUUCCUCCCUGCUGCUGAUGCUCCUGUUGAUUCUGCCGCAGCUGCAGUGGUGGACGCUGCACCAGCCCAGCCAGCUGAUGUCGCCCCCGCAGCUCCCGUCCCUGUGGGAGACGCCUCAGAGGAGGAGGCCGAGGAUGGAAACCCUGCCCCCAAAGCUGCAGCCGGCGCUGCUGCUGCUGCUGCCCCCCUGAACUCUGAUGAGGAGGAGGAGGCCGAGGAGGUGGAGGCAGCUGAGGCCGAGCCGGCUGUGGUUGAGGCAGCACCAGCAGACCCUGCAGCCGACCCUGCAGCAGCUGUGGAGCCGGCGGUGGUUGACGUCCCCGUAGAUGCUGCUGCUGUCGACGCUGCUGCCGUUGAUGUGCCUCCUGUUGAUGUGGUUCCUGUUGAUGUGGUUCCUGUGGAUGUGGCUCCUGUCGACGUUGCCCCCGAGGUGGUCGUUGAUGUCCCCGUCGCUGCCGAUGUCCCAGCUGCUGUUGACGCUCCUCUGGCCGCUGAUACUCCCACGACAGGAGGGGCAGCAGAUCCUGCUCCUCUGUAGUUAUCUUCCUCUUAUUAUAGCCUAGACGUGCUCCUUGAUAAGCAGUUAGAACAGUAGCAGGAAAGUGUCAUGGGUGAUGUAGUCGUAGUGCAAAUGCACGAAAGGCUGUGGGGUAUUGCAAAGAAACCAGGGGGAAAAAAAUCUGAAAAAAUGUAACACUAUAUGUAAAGUGAAACAACCACAGCAUGUUUUCAGGCCACCAUUGGACUAUUGAAACUGCUGUUUUGGAUUAUUUUUUCUGUCUUUGAAUAAAAUCCGUUUUCACAAUUCUGUA